AUGUCUGGAAGAGGAAAGGGAGGAAAAGGACUCGGUAAAGGAGGCGCCAAGCGUCACCGUAAAGUUCUCCGUGAUAACAUCCAGGGAAUCACCAAGCCAGCUAUCCGCCGUCUGGCUCGCCGUGGUGGAGUCAAGCGUAUCUCCGGACUCAUCUACGAAGAGACCCGCGGAGUGUUGAAGGUUUUCCUGGAGAAUGUCAUCCGUGAUGCCGUCACCUACACCGAGCACGCCAAGAGGAAGACUGUCACCGCCAUGGAUGUGGUCUACGCUCUCAAGAGACAGGGACGCACUCUCUACGGAUUCGGAGACCAACAGCAGGUUUACUUGGAGCUGGUGUACUUAGUGACGGCCUUGGUGCCCUCAGACACGGCGUGCUUGGCCAGCUCUCCGGGAAGCAGCAGGCGGACUGCGGUCUGGAUCUCCCUGGAGGUGAUGGUGGAGCGCUUGUUGUAUGUCGGGGUGGACCUGCUUCAGGACCUUGUAGACGUAGAUGGCGUAGCUCUCCUUCCUGCUCCUCUUUCUCUUCUUACCGCUCUUGGUGGCCUUAGACACGGCCUUCUUGGAGCCCUUCUUGGGCGCUUUCACGGAACAAUGAAUGUGAUCCUAGGUGUAACGGCCGGUGGCUCGUUGGCACUUUUGGCGGAAAGUUUGAACAGAUUUGUGUCCAAUCAUCGGCGGACCUUUGAGUCCGUGCGUUUCCUCCAGGCGGGGCUGAGCUCCAGGAGCAGCCCGACACCAAUCAGAGUCCGGAGCAUCUCCUACUCUGAGAGAAAGAAGAGGCAGACAAUGGCAAGAACCAAGCAGACCGCUCGUAAAUCCACCGGAGGCAAAGCCCCCAGGAAGCAGCUGGCCACCAAGGCUGCCCGCAAGAGCGCCCCGGCUACCGGCGGCGUCAAGAAGCCCCACCGUUACAGGCCCGGUACCGUGGCUCUCAGAGAGAUCCGUCGCUACCAGAAAUCCACCGAGCUGCUCAUCCGCAAGCUGCCCUUCCAGCGCCUGGUCCGAGAGAUCGCUCAGGACUUCAAGACCGACCUGCGCUUCCAGAGCUCGGCGGUCAUGGCUCUGCAGGAGGCCAGCGAGGCCUACCUGGUCGGUCUCUUCGAGGACACCAACCUAACAGUUGUGAUCAAAAUGAGCGGACGCGGAAAGGGAGGAAAAGGACUCGGUAAAGGAGGCGCCAAGCGUCACCGUAAAGUUCUCCGUGAUAACAUUCAGGGAAUCACCAAGCCCGCUAUCCGCCGCCUGGCUCGCCGCGGUGGAGUCAAGCGUAUCUCCGGUCUCAUCUACGAGGAGACCCGCGGAGUGUUGAAGGUUUUCCUGGAGAACGUCAUCCGUGAUGCCGUCACCUACACCGAGCACGCCAAGAGGAAGACUGUCACCGCCAUGGAUGUGGUCUACGCUCUCAAGAGACAGGGACGCACUCUUUACGGAUUCGGAGGUUAAACUGUGUCAU